GACGGCAGCUGCUUACCAUUUUGGUUUGGCUUGGCCAAAAUUAACCGAAUAAAAUAGAAUAAUAAAUAGUUUAGCCCAUCGGUUCCUGGAACAACUAGUAGCCAACAUGCCCAUCUACGAGAGCGUCAUGCAGGAGAAGCCUCCCAUUGUCCUGGACAUCGGCACCGCCUACACAAAGCUGGGAUUCGCGGCGGAGGCGUAUCCGCGGAAGAUAAUGCCCACGGAGGUGGUGAUGACGGCGACGGGGAUCAGGAAGCGGCUCCUCGACUACGAGACAACGGAGGAGCUGUACGACCAGCUGGUGGACUUCCUGCAGACGAUCUUUUUCAAGCACCUGCUGGUCAGUCCCAAGGAGCGCAAGUUCGUGCUGGUGGAGAAUGUAUUCGGACCCACAGUUCUACGCGAAACCCUCGCCCGCGUGCUCUUCGUCCACUUCGACGUCUCCUCGGUGCUCUUCGUGCCCGUCCAUCUCAUCGCCCUGUCCACGCUGGCCGUGCCCACCGCUUUGGUGGUGGACAUUGGCUACAGCGAGACCAGCAUAAUGCCCGUCUUCAGUGGCGUCCAGAUCAUGGCCGCCUUCAAGGAUCAGAGCUACGGGGGACGGGCCAUUCAUGCGGAGAUCAGGCGUCAGUUGGUGGCGACGGGCGUCAAGGAGAGCCUGCUGACGGAGAGCGUGCUGGAGGACAUCAAGGUGCGAACGUGCUUCGUGACCACCAUGGAAAGAGCCCAAGCCAGAGGAGGAGAUACUAAACAGGAUAAGCCGACUCCCGCGCCAGCCGUUGAUUACAUAGUCAGCGACAACGAUGCCAUCAUCCAGGUGCCCGGCGAUUUGCGCGAGACGGUCUACGAGAUCAUGUUUGAGCCGAGCAACGAGCGGGACAGCCUGCCGCACCUCAUCCUGCGCUCCAUACUCGAUUGUACACUCGAUGUAAGACGUUCGUUGGUGGAGAGUGUGUUCCUGGUGGGCGGCGGGGCGAUGGUUCAGGGUUUGCUGGCCCGACUGCGCCAGGAACUGCAGCAUCUGCUGGCCAACGAUCCGUUCUACGCCGAACGCUUCCAUGGCGAGCUGCAGUUCAAGUUCUUCAAUGCCAUCGGCAAGCAGAACUUCACCGCCUGGCUGGGCGGCGCCCUCUGCGGAGCCACGGAUCUCAUCCAGACGAGGUCGCUGGCCAAGGAGACGUAUCUGAAGAGCGAGCAUGUGCCCGACUGGAGCAACCUGUGCGACAAUCGGCCGACGGGAUCGUAG